UCUCCCAGCGCUUUCUAAGUCUGCUUCGACUUAUCACGCGGUCCUUCAACAGAGCGGUCUCGGCUUCACAAUGACUGUCUCAGCAGGGGUCUUGUUAAGCAUCAUCCUCUAAUAAUGCUUCAAUAUAUCGGCUGUACCUGGAAGGCCCUCAGUACCUAGUCAUGGCUUUUACACUGUCAGUUCGGUGCAGCCUUCCUCAUCUCUUUCCCAGCUUGUUCGCCGCAUUGGACAGGCUCAGAGAUCACCCCUACGACGCAGGCUGGCUUCUAGGCUGUGUCAGCGACGUCCCACUGUGCUUCAUCAUUACUUUCGUAUGCACAACGGGUCAUGUGGUUCAUGAUGUUUGCCUAGAGAAGUGGGUGAAUGGAUCGGCGAUGUGUAAUGCGAAUAUAUGCCCGCUGGACCGUGAGCAGAUCUGCGACUCACGGCAGCGACGCUACCGCACUGAGGGCCAAAAUACAUAGAGUCUAGGGGUCGCUAAGAG